AUGUCUACCUUCAACCACUUCAACAUCAAGCGCCAAGCGCACAACCUCAGUCGCACCAGUACUGAUCAAUCUUGGAACCCAUUUCGUCACGUCGCCUGGAACCGCCGAUCGCGCACUCUCUCCGAAGCCGGCUUAGAAGGACAACAGCGUACCCGAGACCAGACAACUGGAGAAGAGUUGACACACGCAGUCACUGAGCCUGGGCGAAGCGGACCAGCCAGAGAGUGGUCAACAGCAGAGACAAUGAUGGAUGCGAGAAGAAGCAAAGAAGACGGGUACGAUCGAGAGAAAAUGGUUGGAGGAGGUUCGCCCAUGGACGGAAGCGACGACAUUCCUACAUCACAGCGCUCACUUGUCGGUGAUGAGAAUCAACUACGAAACAGAAAACGCGAAGACGUUCCGGCCGCCGCAGACCAGAAUGUCGACCUGGAAAAGAGGAAACUUGAUAGACGUCAGUCAUCAAAAUUGUUCCGUCAUGUUGAGCCAAAGGAACCUUUUACCGUCCGGAACCAACUUCAGAGGACUUUUCUCAAUUCCUAUAUCAACAUUCUUCUCAUCGCCGCCCCUGUCGGUAUCGCUCUUAAUUACAUCCACAGCGUGAACCGAAUUGCUGUGUUCGUGGUCAACUUCAUCGCCAUCAUCCCACUUGCCGCCAUUCUGAGUUUUGCCACAGAAGAAAUCGCUCUACGGACCGGUGAAGUUCUGGGAGGUCUAAUCAAUGCUACAUUCGGAAACGCCGUUGAGCUUAUUGUGGCUAUAUUGGCUUUGGUAGAUGGAAAGGUUAUUAUCGUCCAAACCUCUUUAGUGGGAUCAAUCCUGAGCAACCUUCUUCUGGUACUUGGCUUCUGUUUCUUCUUCGGCGGCCUGCGACGUGAAGCCCAAUACUUCAAUGAAACGGUGGCCCAGACCGCGGCCAGUAUGCUCGCCUUGGCAGUCGCUUCUGUCAUCGUACCAACAGUUUUCGACCAAGCCAAAAACACACCGGCCGCUAAUGUUGCCCGGCUUUCACGAGGCACGGCGGUGAUUCUUCUCAUUGUAUACGCGGCCUACCUGCUGUUCCAGCUCAAGACCCACUCAAGCACUUUCCGACAAGAAGGCCAGAAGGUUGCCGCGAAACCUUGGUCGCGUGGAGGUGGCGGCAACAUCCGUCAAGGUAUCAUGGUUCCAGGCGCUCUUAUCGGUGGUGGCAUGACUGGACGUGAGGAGAACGAGCGCCUCUCCAAGAUGCUCAUGAACCCUCACCGACUGCCAAAGUCCCAGGAAGACGAAGAUGAAGAGGAGGAACCUCAACUGCACUUCUGGGUGGCAGUCGCUACGCUGACAACUGCCACCGUCUUGAUCGCCCUUUGCGCCGAGUUCAUGGUUGACUCUAUCGACGCCGUUACGAAAACAGGAGGCGUUUCAGAGGAGUUCGUCGGCUUGAUCUUGUUGCCAAUUGUAGGCAAUGCAGCCGAGCACGCGACCGCUGUGACUGUUGCGAUCAAGGACAAGAUGGAUUUGGCUAUUGGAGUUGCGGUCGGCAGUUCCAUGCAGGUUGCCCUCUUUCUGAUCCCUCUGUUGGUUAUUAUCGGCUGGGGAAUGGGCAACGACGACAUGAACUUGAGUUUCGACUUAUUCCAGGUCGCGACUAUGUUUGUAGCUGUCUUGCUGGUCAACUAUCUGAUUGCAGAUGGCAAGAGCCAUUGGCUGGAGGGUUGGCUUCUUAUUUGUCUUUAUUCCAUCAUUGCUGUAUGCUCUUGGUCGAGCGAGCGACAGCCCGAUCCCAUGUCACGAAAUGGUACCACCAGGAACCUGGUCCCGCGCAUGGGACCGCCGCACUGGCGACAGUAUAGCAAGUCGAGCUUAGAUCGCUCUCAUGCUGAGGUUCCUGUUUCCCCUGCGAGCAUAUCGACCCAUUCCACUAUCAAAGAUGAUAAGCGAACAAGAAUAGAACGCCGAUGUACUGUGACGGUCAACGAAGGUUAUACCCGGGACGAGGUCCUGCUCAAUUUCGAUGUAGUGGGCGCCGAUGUGAAGCCUGGAAUGUUGAUGUGUAUCUCGACUGCGAGGGACGACCUGCGAAAGAUCUCGGCUGGGCAUGGUUCCAGUAGCAAGCAAAAUCAAGAUGCUUCCAAGGGAACGUCAGGAACUCAAAAUGGGGAUGGCGCGGGCUUCAAGUAUUUCUUUGUCGCCAAAGAUAUGCCUCAGGAGACUAAGGCGCGGAAUCCUGACGUUGAGGUCUAUGUCUUGAAGCAUAUUGCUGAUGCGUUUGGGAUGAAGAAAGGUUCCCAGGUGCUCUUGACAAUGGUGGACGCAAAGAAUCCAGCUACCGAAGCUUCUCAUGUAGAAUUGUCUUUCAAAGACCAAUACCUGUCUAGAUCAGACAUUUGGAGAAUGACUGUCGGAGAGCUGACAGGACGAACUGUUUACAAAGGCCAAUCGGUCUUGUUUAUGGGCACCAUCAAGGCGCAAGUCACUGCAAUCUAUGUCGAUAGCCGCAAGACGCACUCUGCCUUCUUCACCCGCGACACUCGGCCCAUCUUUCGGAGCGAAUCAGCGAGAUACGUACUCUUCAUCCAGAUGGCUAAAGAAAUGUGGGAAUUCGAUGCGGAAAGCUCUGGCGAAAUCAUGUUUAACAAGGUCGUUAACGGGUUUCUUCCCGCUCUGUUCAAGAGAUGGGCCAUGCUUAAGGCCAAACAUCUGGUCAGUAUCGUGCUCUUUGCACGUGUAGAAUAUGAUACGGGGUUGACGGCCGAGUUCGAUGGGCUCGCUGGUGACUUUUACACUGGCAUACAACCAUCUGGGCUGCGCCGACCAUACAAAGACUUUUACCGAGUCGUAGUCAGCGAAAUGGGCAGUGGGGAAUGGACAAAGAUCCUGCACCAGUUGAAGGUAGAAUUCAACUUCUUCCGCCGGGAUAUUAGUUUGUAUCACCACAAACUCAACGCUCAGGCUGAGAUCAACGGUCCGGACUCUAUCCCUAAAGAUACCCCCUCGUCUCGUGUCAAGGCUGAGUCAACUUAUGCCAUGUAUGGCAAUGUCCUAGAAGCGAUCAACCUAGCUUCAUCUCAGUUUGCCCAUGAUCAUAUUGACAGAGACCUCACCAGGACCGGAAUUUCAAUUGCGGUCAUCAGUCCUGGCUCUGGUGUUUUCGAGGUAGACUAUGAGACCUUGCGGAGGACUACCGAAGCAUUGGUGGGGAAUGGUAUUGGUAUUGAUCUGAUAUGCAUGCCUAAAAUGCCGCUACAUUCAGUGCCUCUUUUCAAGUAUCGUAACCCGCAGUAUUCUGAUGAUCAUGGCCAUGCUCAUCGGUCAAGUUUCUCAAGAUCAUUCCACAGUCGUGACAGCACGCCGAACCACCCUACGCCGGUGAUAGGAAGCUAUCAAUCUCUUGGCGAAUCAUUCUCCCCUUCGAAAGGGAUGAGCCUUUCACGCCGUGCUGACCCCCUUAUAUCCAUGGCGACAAGCGACCAAUGGUGCUUUGCGCUUCCGCAAUGGCUUCAUGUCUCUUUCUGGACUGGAGCGUCUGAUGAGGCUCUUUCGUACGAGGGCAUUGCCUUGUCUGUGUCUAACAAGGUCAUGCAAGACGACGAGGACGAGUUCAACAUUCGAUGCCGCAUGUACGCGUUGCAAAUGAGAAGUGUCCUUGAAACAAACGAGAUAGAAACGACACCUUUGCAAGUCGACACUCACUUCCCCGCCAAUAUCACUGAGCCACCAUCGUCGCAGAAAUAUCGGAACACUGGUAUCAACGACACUGUCUACAUUCCCAGCAGACGAGCACCAGAGGGUCUUUUCGAACACACAUCAGGGUUCCAAAGAUUCGUUCCAGACAGAUUGGCAAGGCCUGGUGAAAAAUCACUUUGGAAACAAUUGCAAGAGUUCGAUGACCACCGGGCCAAAAUUUCUCAUGGCCGCAGUCGCCAUCAUUCAUCAAGGUAUGCCAAGGACUUGGAUGAAAUCACGAGAAGGCAGUUGGCGGAGGAUUCUGGUCUUUAUGGAACCUCACUCCCUGAGAAAAGGGCACCGAUUCUUGGUGGUGCUUCGGCAAGGAAGUUGUCAAUGAAUAUCACAGAUGGCGAUAAGCCAUCUCCAACCAGUCUCAAAAAGAGCGCUGAACCAACGCCGAAACCUCCCAAACAAAUAGCGAAGCAACCCAAGCUGAUGAGGCAGAUCAGUCUUGGUCAGCGCGGAUUUGGUAUUGCUGCUCCCAAGGCCGUAGUUGCAGAGAUCAAGGCCGAGACAGUCAAUGCUUCUGCCGUCUCUUCUGGCGACGGAAAACAGCCGUCAACCCCUCGUAUCCGCCCAGAACUACGUCCAAGUUCACCGCAGACAAUCACCAGUCACCCAUCAUCAGUUUCGAUCCAGAAAUAUCGACUAGACGCCCCUGAUACUAUCAUUGAAGGGGUGCCGAUGACUCCCAGUAUUCCUAUUCUCAAAAGAAACAAUUCCGGCCUUGAUGUGGCUGCGAUGCAGCUGAGGACCGCGUCUACCACGAUCGGCUCCUCAUUUAAUAAUCGCCAGCCGAAGCGGGACGACGAUCGCGACCUCAGGUACUCAGAAGCCCUUCGUGCUGACGAUGCACAGAAGCUAUACACAAACAAACUGCGUGCUGGUGUACUGAGUGAUGCCGUUCAAGAUCUACCCACAACUCUUUCACCUACUACUGCCAUAACUCCGUGGCUGACUCUUGUAAACCCCUCGAACCCGGAAAGCCUUGCAAUCGAUGACACUGUAUUAUAUAGUCGAUGGCAGCAUGUUUAUCCUCGGAUCGCCCAAAUGAAGGUUCAGAAGUGGAAAGCUCUUUGUUGUCCUGCGUCUGUGCCUCUCACCACAGAGUACUUCCCUUCAAAGACGCAGUUCGACACGGAGUACCAUCGUCAUCCGUAUACUGUCGAGCAGGAUGCAGAUGACGACCUAGUCGAGACUCCCAAGUCGCGACAGGAAUUCAUUCAAGAGCUCAUCAGCUUGCGGUUCACUCAGGGUUUCCAAGUUGUGGUAGGGCCAUUAGUUGCUCGCGCCUUUGGACAGAACUUGAUAAAGAUUGGUGACAUAUUCUCCAGAGAUCAACCCCUGGAGGAUGGCACUAGUAUCUUCUUGUCAGUUGGCAACAGCAUUCAUCAACUUUCAUGCGUCAAUGGUACGGAAGUUGAGGUGAAUAUCUUCAUGCGAAAGCCAACAGAUACUUCAUUCACCUCACAAGGUUUCUCACCAAUUUACAAGCCUGCGAUCCGCACGUUGUUGGAUGAUACUUACGAAGCGCGCGAGAUUGACCUUCUCACUCCUCGCACUGAGCGCAACUGGAAUAUGAUUGAUUCUUACAUUGCUGGUCAUCAUAAUGAAAUGUCAGAGAGCCUUCGUUUCUGGCGUGCAAGAUUCGUCCUUAUCCCUGUCUUGCGAAAAGAUGUCCCAAUAUCAAGGACACAGACCGGGGACCACGCCGAAGAGGUACGAAUUGAAGGUAUUAAGCGUCUUGCCCAAUCCUGGCAAAAGUAUCGCUACAUUCCUCUGUCUGAGCGGAGGUAUCAUUCAGUUGCCCAACAGAAGCGACGACGAGACCCCAAUCCUCUAGACAUCGUGUGGAAAACAGAUGAUCCUUCAGUGGUUAUCACCGCCGAAGUUGAAACACUCCCUCUCACAGAAGGGGUGGAGGGUGCUAAUCGAAAGGGAUUGGUGUCAGCUAAGGAGCGUUUCAAGAAAUCCAAUCUGAACUUAUCCACACUGGCUGAUGCUAUGCAGCAACCUGUUGAGAAUGGAGGUGUUAGGCUGCAAAACCGUAGAUGGCAUCUUCGCCUCUACUCUGCCUGUUUCAUCGGAUCUGAUAUGGUGACAUGGCUGCUUGACAACUUUGAGGAUCUCGAUACUCGGGAAGAUGCCGAAGCCCUGGGCAAUGCUCUGAUGGCGCACGACGAACUCAAGUCUGCAAAUCCGAAAGACAAGGGCAUAUUUGUUCAUGUUGAUAAGCGCCACCAGUUCCGAGAUGGCAACUACUACUAUCAAAUUGCCAGCGAGUUUGCCAAGCCUCACGUAGGAUGGUUCAACACCCGGCGAGCUCCGGUACCACCAACGCCAAGUGUCGAAUCUUCGAAUCGCGAUUCACCUCGGACUUUGAUGUCGGCUCGUUCGGCUGACGAAAGUGGUUCUCCUGCGUCAACUUCGACAACACCGACUAUAUCACUCCACCAUGGUGGAAAGCGGCCCAGAGUCGUGCUUAGCAAGGUCAUGAAGUACGAUGUUGACCAUCGCAAGCGGUCGUACAGACCAGAGAGGAUUGACCUACAUUAUGACCGCCUCCAUAACCCUGACGGAUGUUACCAUAUUCGCAUUGAUUGGAUGAAUGUGACGACAAAGCUGGUGGAAGACGCAGUCGAGAGCUGGGCCCGAGAAGCUAGCCAAUACGGUUUGCGACUUGUCGAAUUACCUAUCAAGGAGGCAUGCACGAUUACCGAGACGAAUCCUUUCAGGAAACCAUAUCACAUCAAGUUGGCAGCUCGUCCUCCGGAUCAGAAGCCCGAGACGUAUAUCGAUCCCAACUCCCUGGGCCCAACUACAUCUCCAAACAAGCACUUCUACCAAACAGCGAUUCUUAAGAAGUUCGACUUUGUUCUAGAUACAGAAGCGGCAUCCAAUUUCCCGAGUAAUGUCGAUGUGAGCUACUCAUGGGGUAAGCCUGAUUACAAGUACACCCAGUACAUCCAUCGCAGUGGUACUCUCUUGGCCGAGAUCACGGAUGAAGGAGAUCUCUUAAUUCUGGCAAACCGUUUGUACAGCAAUCGACCCGCGGGAAUGCGUUCAAUCGACCCACCACCUUUAGUAGAGCGCGGCGGCCGUAUGGCAUCAUAUGGCCCCUACUCAACCUUUGGAAUGGCAGAAUCAGCGACGCUGUCUUCGCCCCUCCUCAAGCCAACACACUAUUUCCACUCGCCAGCGCUGAAACCAGCUGACCAACAACACAACAAACCUAUACCCGCAACAACCCCUGACCCCGAUGCACUCAAUACCGAGAUUGACGAGUUCUGCAAGAACAAGACAGCACUUGAGGAGUUUUAUAGAGAGGCCUUAGAAAAGGGCCAAAAGGUUCAAGGCACGCCUGCGACAGCGCCGGCGUUGGAGGCGGUGCCUGAAGCUAGUAUCCCGACGCUUGGACUGCCGCCUGGUGUUUUGGGAGGGAACGACGGAGCGCCAACGAAACGACUUAACAGUCCCAUGUCGUUCCUCCGAAGAAGUAGUGUGCAGUAUGAUGGCGGAUCCAGUUUGACAGGACGAUGA